UUUGACCUUGUGGGAUCUUUUUUUUUUUUUGGUCAUAUGUGUGUGUGUGUGUGUAUUUUUUUAAAUCUUAUGUACCCACAAGUAUAGGAAUACCAGUUAAUUUUGACCUUGUGGGGGAAUUUUUGGGCCUGUGUAUAUGUGUAUUUUGUGAACCUCCUGUCCCCACAAGUAUAGCAAAACCAGUAAAUUUUGACCUUGUGGGUACUUUUUUUGGUCAUAUGUUCAUGUGUAUGUGUAUUUUGAAAAUCAUAAGUCCUCACAAGUAUAGGAAUACCAGCUAUUUUUGACCUUGUGGAAACAUCUUUUUGGUCAUAUGGGAAUGUGUAUGUGUGUAUUUUGUAACUUUCAGCAAAUUCAACUAAUUUUAACCUUGUGGGGACCAUUUUUUUUAGCUAUACAGUAUGUGCAUGUGUAUGUGUGUAUUUUGUUAAUGUUACGUCCCCUUAAGUAUAGCAAAACCAGUACAUUUGACCUUGAGGGGACUUCAUGUGCAUGCAUAUGUGUGUGUUUUAUAAAUCUUAAGGAUCUGUCCUCACAAGUAUACCAGCUAAUAUUGACCUUAAAGAGACAUUUGUUUGGUCAAAUGUGUAUAUGUGUAUAUUGUGAACCUCAUGUCCCCACACGCAUAGCAAAACCAGUAUAUUUUGACCUUGUGGGGACAUUUUUGAUAAUAUGUGCAUGUGUAUGUGUGUAUUUUUUAAAUCUUAAUCUUAUGUUCCCACAAUCAUAGUAGAACCAUCUAAUUUAGACCUUGUGGGGACAUUUUUGUCAUAUGUGGAUGCCUAUACAGUAUGUAUAUUUUGUAAUCUUAUGUCCCCACAAGAAUACCAGCUAAUUUUAACCUUAUUGGGUCAUUAUUUGGUCCCCAUGAGGAAACGGCCAUAAAUCACACAGAAUUAAGUAUUUUGAGCAUGUAAAAGUGCAGAUUUGCUCCUGUAAUUGUUGUUUUUAGGGUAGAAUAUACAGUCAGUACAGUAUAAAUAUCAUUACAUCUAUGAUCCCCAUAAAGAUAGCUGUCACUAGUGUGUGUGUGAGUGUGUAAUUUCAGAUAUUUCUAAUUGUUAUCCUGCCUUUGAUCUCCCCCAAACGCUGCUGUCCAGACUCGUCUGAAAGUGUAAACACGUCAAAGGCGUCACAAAUAUUUAGAGCACGGCUGAACACUGAUUGACUUCACACUUUGGUUCAUUUGUAAACUCAUAGCUCAUUUAGCAAGAAUCGACUUUAUAUUACUGUGUUAUUUAGGACUGAACACAACAGGAACAGCUUGAUGAAGCAUUUUUGUGUUCUUGGUUUUGAUUUGAUUAUAGUGUAUGUUUGCUUCAAAUGACACAAACCCAUUAUACUUUAUACUGUGUUUGCAGAAACUGCACUGUAUGCUUUAAGUCUUUAAAUAUUAGCAGAUCAUUGAUUGUGUUGUUUAAAUGUGGAUGUAAUGACUCUCGUUUUUCCCCAAAGACAUGUUGCUUAGUUAAAAUAGAGAGAGAGAGUGUGACAGAAAUGCAAGCAGAAACUUGUCAUUUUGGUGACAGAAAAACAAGCUGUGAUAAAUUUGCAUGUGAACCUGUUUGGGUUUGAUCCCACCCUGUAUUUUUAAAUAGUUUAUAUAGUCGAAUCCGCAAUUGUAUUUUUAAUCAACUUUAUAUAUAAAUGCUAGGAUUGAUACAUGAUUAAAUACUGUCUAAAAUUGUUUAGUUGUAAAUUAAAUGAGAAGUGGUGCAGUGAGCAGUGUGGGCUUGUUAGCUGGGAAUGAUUGAAUGAUUUGAUGGUGUAUUUCAGGCGCAGGGUGAAGGUGUUGUGCGUGUCUGUCUGAAGGAGCGAGGUCAAGAUGUGCUGGUUCUCCAGAGGGUCCCAUCAGACCCUGCAUCUCCACAGACAGCAGGAGUCAAAGAUGAUGACAGCGAUAAGAGGUGAGACCACGCCCCCUCACACAAUAAACACUCCCCUUUAAGUACAAAUCCUUACACAGUGCCUUCUUAUCCCAAUAAACCCCUCCCUCUUCAUUUACAUAUCCAUAAAAAGUGCCUCCUUACACACUAAACCCCUCCCCCUUGACUUACAUAUCAGUAAGCAGUGCCUCCUUUCACAGUAAACCCCUCCCCCUUUGUUUACAUAUAAGUAAAUAGUGCCUCCUUUCACAAUAAACCCCUCCCCAUCAUUUACAUACACGUAUACAGUGCCUCCUUUCACAGUAAACCCCUCCCUUUUCAUUUACAUAAUCAUAAUCAGUGCCUUUGUACACAGUAAACCCCUCCCCCUUCAUUUAAAUAUCUGUAAGCAGUGUUUCCUUACUUUUAAGCAGUGCCCCCUUACACAAUUAACCCCUCCCUCUUCAUUUACAUAUCCAUAAGCAAUGUCCCUCCUCCAGUCAGUGUCUCUCCCUCUCUCUCUUCAUAUUUCUGACACAUUCCUCCCUUUAUUUCCUCAUUCUGCCGUCAGCAGUGCUUGAGGAGACACCACAGCAUAAAACCUGCGUAAACAUGCAUGUCUUCUGAGAGUUUGUGUCAGUUAGUGCAGAACGUGUGAGUUUAUCCAGCUCCAGCACACAGGGGGUGUCGGUCCUCCCUGCAGCCCAGGAACAGACCCCGGCGCUGGGCAUGACGCCGCAUGCAUGUGCCUCCUGGAGGAGCGGCGAUGGACGGCAAAACUUUAUUAAAACUCAGACCCGUCACGCUGGUGCUGGCAGAAGAGGAAGACUAUGAUGAUGAAUACAGUAACAGUUUGGAAGAUGAAGAUGAUGUGCCGACGUUUGAUAUUCCUCACUUUCGCUUCAUUGAUGAUGAUGAGGAUGAGGAGGAGGAGGAUGAUUAUGUUAUGAACAGACACUGCUGGAGCAGCUCCCGCUCCACAUGUUCCUCCUCUGAGGACGAGUAUCCAUCAGACUCUUCUUCUUCUGCUCUGUCCUGCAGGUAUGUGGUGGUGUCUGGGACGCCACACAAGAUCCUGGAGCACCUGCUGAGCGACCUGCGCCUGGACGAACACCAGGGGGCGACGGAGGGCAAAGAGGCUGAAAUGCUGCUGGAUGAUUUUCUGUUGACGUAUCUGGUCUUCAUGUCCACCAGUGAGCUCUGCCAGGCCCUGCUGGGACACUACUGUACGAAGCGCUGCAGGGGAAAGGAGGAGGGGAAUGAGGCCCUCUACAGGAAGAGAAAAGUACUGCACCUCGUGUCUCAGUGGAGCUCGCUAUACAAGGACUUCCUGCGCGAGGAGGAAAACGUCAAACUCUUCAUGAAGACGUUGUAUCGAUACGUGCUGGAAGACGUUUAUGAGUUUCCCACACUGGAGAAAGACCUGAAGGAGUUCCAGAAACUUCUGCGCCGGAGACAUACGGUGGACGACUAUUCUCCACACCAAAAGAAUAAAGCACUAUACCAGCAGCUGAGUCUGAAGGAAAACUCUGUUUCUUUGCGAGCGUCUCCCGUCGAGAGUAGAGAUGUGAUGUGUCGUGUGUACGUGAGCUGUGACUCGUAUCUGAGCAUGCGUGUGAAGCCUGCAGUCGUGGCUCAGGAGCUGCUGCACAUCGUCUCCCAGCGGAUGGACAGAUGUGAAGACGACAUGAUGCUGCUGGCCCAAACUUACAGCGGAGAGAAGAGGGUCCUGCAGCCGCAUGACAGUAUUUACUCCGAGUCUCUGGUGGCUCCUGGCAGACUGAUCGCCUGUCGAAGAGACCUCAGCGAGAUUCUGCCGCCACUGACAGAAUGUCCAGAUUUGGGCCAGAAGCCUGUCAGGCUGCUGGGUAUAAACACAUGGGACGUGGCUGUGGCUCUUACAAACUUCGACUGGAACCUCUUCAACUCAAUCCACGAGCAAGAGCUGAUCUUCUACACGUUCAGCCGUCAGGCGAGCAGUGGCCACACGGUGGCACUGGAGUUCCUGCUGCAGCGCUGUAAUGAGGUGCAGCAGUGGGUGAUGUCUGAGGUGCUGCUCUGCCCGUCGCUCAGCAAACGAGUGCAACUGCUCAAAAAGUUCAUCAAGAUCGCUGCUCACUGUAAAGCACAGAGGAACCUCAACUCCUCGUUCGCCAUCAUCAUGGGCUUAAACACAGCCGCCGUCAGCCGACUCAACCAGACAUGGGAGAAAGUUCCUGGAAAGUUCAAGAAGCUUUUCUCUGAGCUCGAGCUGUUGACAGAUCCAUCCAUGAACCACAAAGCCUACAGAGACGCUUUCAAGAAAAUGAAGCCGCCCAAAAUACCCUUCAUGCCGCUGCUGCUCAAAGACAUCACCUUCAUCCACGAGGGGAACAAAACAUUUCACGAUAACCUGGUGAACUUUGAGAAGCUGCACAUGAUCGCAGACACGGUCCGACUCAUUCGCCACUGUCAGAUGGAUCAGACAGGAAACGAGCUUUCGGCGGUUGACAGUGCUGAAGUGCGCUCGAGCGUCCAUUACCUCCACAUCAUUGACAAUCAGCAGACUCUGUUUGAGCUCUCGCACAGACUGGAGCCCAGAGUCUGAAAGAGGAGAGAGAUGGGAGACAAGAAAGAAGGACAAACUGAUGCUUUUAGAGUCUGAGAGAAAAGCAGAAAGGAGAGAGCGCCACCUGCUGGAUGCUCAAAUAGACACUGAAGAGAAAGAGAGAGAGAAACAGCACUCCCUACUGGACAUUCACUUAACGGCUGAGCUGCUAUUGGACAAAACAGCACCUUCACUGGACAAACUGACCAAUCACAGCGGCCGCUCACUCGCCAUUGGUGGAUGCGUGUGUAUUUAUUCCAGCAGGCAAGCUCUUUCACAGCCAAAUCAGCAGGAGGACAGUGAGAGCAGGCCGUUCUCCUAUUGUUAAUAUUGUUUCUUAAUGUCAGAAAAAAAUCGAUACAAGCUUCUCCUUUCCGCAGGGAGAGUGUGAACUUUUUCAGCAUUGUUUUGUUGAUGUUAUUAUCUUCUACCAGCACUCUGGAGCUCAUAUUUAUAUAUGGAUUGAACUCUUGUGAUCGCUGGGGCUGGGCGAUAUCUUAACCAGAUUAUAAUAUAAUUAAUACUCAUUCACUAUUCUUUGAUUUCGUAGGGGUCGCCACAGCAGAAUGAACCGGCAAUUACCGGCAUAUGUUUUAUGUGGUGGAUGCCCUUCUGGCUGCAACAUAUAAUUAAUAUUUUAAUACAUUUAAUUAAUAUUUGACUGUGUGCAGUUCAUUUUAAUAUUUAUAUAUUUGAUAGAAAUUAAUUUAAAGGCUAAUUUAAUGUUGAAGGAACUGUAAUUCACACCAAAUAAACAUCUUGCUAUUCAAAUUGUAAAGUAAUAUUGUAAUAUAACAGCAAUAUUUCUUAAGACUUAAGUCGAUUCAUUGAGCAUGGAUGUUUUGAAUUGAUUCACAUAAGCGAAUCAAAUCAGUUGGUUUUACCACAAAAAUUGUUUAUUAUUUUAUACUGUUAUUCAAUUUUUGUAAAAUAAUAUCAGAUACAACAAUGCAUAGUUGUUAUAUAAAUUAAUUAUUUUGUUUAUUUAUUUACUUUAUUGCACUUUGUUCAAUCAGUCAAAAUGGUAUGAACUGAUUCACAGAAAUGAAUCAAAUCAUUUAUUGUUUUAUUCAAUUUAUUUUUAUAAAAUAAAAUCCAAUACAACAAUACAUUUUUAUUAGCAUUAAAUACAAUUUUUUAAGUUAUUUUUGUCAAUCUUAUAAAUAUUUCUGCUUGAUUUGUUCAAUAAAUCAAAAUUGUUUGAAUUGAUUCACGGAAAUGAAUCAAACCUAUUGCUUUUUACUACUAUUUUUAAAAUACAAGUCAUCUAUUGUUUUAUUUAACAAAUAUUUUUAUUUUUAUAAAUCCAAAUCCAAUUAAAAAAUACAUUAUUAUUAAUAUUAAAUUAAUAUUUUUGUUUAACUGUUUUAAUUUGUUCAAUCAAUCAAAACUGUAUGAACUGAAUCACCAAAAUGAAUCAAACCGCUUGCGUUUUACUUUCACUUUUAAAAUAAAAGUCAUCCAUAAAUUUAUUCAGUCUAAAAUAAAAUCUAAUAAACAAAACAAUAUUAUUAUUGUUAACUUCAUAUUUUAGUUAAAUUAUUGUAUUUGAUAAGUUUAAUCAAUCAAUAGUAUGAACUGAUUCUCAAAAACGAAUCAAACUACUUGAAUUUUUCUCCAACUUAAAUUUUUAUUCAGUAAUUUUAUUUUUAUAACAUAAAAUUCAAUAAAACAAUAAAUUGUUAUUAAUAUUCAAUUCAUAUUUUACUUUAAAUACUUUGUUAAGUUAAAACAGUUGAACAAGUUCAAAACAGUUUGAACUGAUUAACCGAAAUGAAUCAAACAGCUUGCUUUUUACUCCUACUUUUAAAAUAGGUCAUCUAUUAUUUUAUUUUAUUUCUUAUUUUUUAUACAAUAAAAUCCAAUAAAACAACACAGUAUUUUUUAUAUUUUACUUUAAUUAUUUUGUUUGAUUUGUUUAAUCAAUCAAAACAGUUUGAACUAAUUCACCAAAAUGAGAAGAAAUGAAUCAAACCGCAUGCAUUUUACUCCAACUAAUAAAAUAAAAGUCAUCUAUUAUUUUAUUUUAUUAAAUCCUAUUAUUUCAUAAAAUAAAAUAAAAUAAAACAAUGGAUUAUUAUUAAUAUUAAAUUAAUACUUUAGUUUAAUUACUUUGUUUGUUUUGUUCAAUCAAUCAAAACAGUUUGAACUAAUUCACCAAAAUGAAUCAAACCGCAUGCAUUUUACUCCUACUUUUAAAAUAAAAGUCAUCUGUUAUUUUAUUUUAUUCUAUUUUAUCAAAUAAAAUCCAAUAAAACAAUACUUUAUUAUUAUUAUUAUAAACUUCAUAUUUUAGUUCAGUUAUUGUAUUUGAUAAGGUCAGUCAAUCAAAACAGUAUGAACUGAUUAAAAGAAAAGAAUCAAACUACUUGCAUUUUUCUCCACCUUAUUUUUUUUAAUUCAAUUAUUUCAUUUUUAUAGCAUAAAAUUGAAUAAAACAAUAAAUUGUUAUUAAUAUUCGAUUCAUCGUUUACUUAAAUUACUUUGUUUAAUAAGUUCAAUGAAUCAAAACUGUUUGAACUGAUUCACUGAUUCAUCGAAUCAGAAUCUUAAUGGCAUAAUAAAAUAAAAUUAUAUAUAUAUAUAUUAUAUAUUUCAUAAGCAAAGCAAAAAUAAAUAUAUCGCCCAGCCCUAAAGUGACUGGACGAACAAAAAAACAACCUGGUGUCAAAGGUCAUGAUGAUGAUGUCAUAUAGAGCCAAGUACUCGCUUUAUACUGAAUCUUGAUAUAGACGAUAAUGACGGUUUUGUAUUUGAACUUUGAUUUCUUAUUUCGAAGCCGAAAUCUUGAGCUUUUCUUAAGUGUAAUUGUUACAGUGACCUGACAGUAUUAUUUCCUAUCGUCCGUCGGCUGGUCGAGGCUCUUGAAGAUGUUCGUUUUGUGCAGGUUUUGUUUCGCCCUUCACUCGCUCUCUAUCCGCAGCGCCGAGCUCAUUUCUAUUUUAAAGCGAUUUUCUUCAAGUGACAUGCAUGCAUAUUGUAUUUGCACUUACAUCUUUGUUUGUACAUUAUCGUGUAAGAAUGUAUAUACAUAUAUCUAUAUACGUUGUUUAUAUAUGUAAAGAGUCGUUUGCGAACACGUUUCUGUGCCAAGCACUAUAAUGGGAGAGCAAUGCAAUAUGAGGACAUUUUAAUAUAGCGAGAUGUUUUAUAUAAAGAAUCCCCGGCUUUGUUGAUGACAGCAAAAGAGCUUCUUAAAUGGGAUCUGAUGUCAAAUUUUUAAACUGAUUUUUCUUGAUGCUUCAGCUUACUGAAAUCGUAAAGGGAGUGUUGGGUUUGUAAAUGACGAGCUCAGGAUAGAUCAGAGGUUUUUGGGCCACUGAAGGUGUGAUUGGGCCAAUAGUAUCUGGCUGCAGACUUCCACAUGCAGGCUCAGAGGGAUGCACGCAAAAGGGUAAAGCCGCUGUCUUACUGUACUCCCCCCCCAACUUCCGUUCAUAUGCAAGCGAAUGUGACAGACCGAAAACGCAAGCACAUGCAACAAGUUCAAGUUCAAGCUUGGUGAACUCUGACCCACGAAAUUGGGAUGAUUCUUCAAAAUUGGGACAAUUAGGAUGAUUCUAAGGGCCCACACCAUAUUGGAGGGGAGGGAGGGGGCAAUCAACCAUUUCCCGCUCUUCAAUUUUGUCAAGGACAUUACCCCCCUCCUCACUUUCGUCCGCGACAUCGUCACCACCCUUCUCCCUCCCUGCCCUGGUCUUCGCCUUAAUCCACAACAGCCCCCACCAGAAUGUUGUCAUAGGGUCCAUACCGGCCAGUGGCACCCCUGGCGGCAUUAGUGACGUCACUGAGUACGUUUACAUGGACACCAACGCGUUUAAGACAAUGCUCUGAUUAAAAGUCGACCAUGUAAACUGCGGUUUUUGAUGACUGUAAUACGACUAAAGUCAUAAUCGAACUAAACAGAAAUGGAAGACGAGGAGUAUUUCUAUUUUAGUGGCAUUGUUGAAGUUCGGUGUAGACAUGUAAACACCGCAAUCAAAAUAUUACCGCUUCGUAGUAGCCUACUUUUCGCUAGAUUUUGCGACAGGAUGCACAAUUGGCAGUGGUCAGGCAUUUGACGACAAACACACAAUAAUGGCUUCAAGCAAGAGAGCACAGUUUGGUGUGAGCGGGAAACGAUAACUAAAAUUCUGGAAUAAAUGGACAUUAAAAAAGGUUAGUGAAUGAAAUGGCAGAGGUGGCCUGUUGCUUGAGAAUUUGUUUCUGUGGUCAUCUGUUUGCAUGCAUACUGUGAGAAAUUAACUGCAGUUGAACUUGUCGCAAAAUUUAAAACGAAACCUAAAUGGGGUUGAGGCGAGGGUGGAGUUCUCCCGUCUCUUCAGUUUUGUCUUUGAAUUGAUCCGUGUCAUGGGGUCCAUGUGGCGCACCUGGCGGCAUUAGUGACGUCACUGAUUACGUUUACAUGGACACCUACGAUUUUAAUAUGAUUAAGACAAUGCUCUGAUUAAGAGUCAACCAUGUAAACUGCGAUUUUUGAUGAGUUUAAUACGACUAAAGUCACAAUCGAACUAAACAGAAAUGGAAGACGAGGAGUAUUUCUAUUUUAGUGGCAUUAUUGAAGUUCGGUGUAGACAUGUAAACACCGCAAUCAAAAUAUUACCGCUUCGUAGUAGCCUACUUUUUGCUAGAUUUUUGCGACAGGAUGCACAAUCGGCAGUGGUCAGGCAUUUCACGACAAACACACAAUAAUGGCUUCAAGCAAGAGAGCACAGUUUGGUGUGAGCGGGAAACGAUAACUAAAAUUCCGGACAUAAAUGGACAUUAAAAAAGUUAGUGAAUGAAAUGGCAGAGGUGGCCUGUUGCUUGAGAAUUUGUAUCCACCGUCAUCUGUUUGCAUGCAUACUUUGAGAAAUUAACUGCCGUUGAACUUGUUGCCAAAUUAAAAACGAAACCUAAAUGGGGUUGAGGCGAGGGUGGGGUUCUCCCUGCUCUUCAGUUUCGUCUUUGAAUUGAUCCGUGUCAUAGGGUCCAUGUGGCGCCCCUGGCGGGACGUCACUGAUUACGUUUACAUGGACACCUACGAUUUUAAUAUGAUUAAGACAAUACUCUGAUUAAGAGUCGACCAUGUAAACUGCGAUGACCUUAAUCAAACUAAAGUGAUAAUCGAACUAAACAGAAAUGGAAUUAAGACAUGGAGUAUUCCUGUUUUAGUGGCAUUACUGCAGUGCAAUACAGAUAUGUAAACACUGCAAUCCUAUUAUCCUAUUAACGAUAAAACUAUUAUCGUUUUGUAGCACUUUUCGCUACAUUUUGCGACAGGACGCACACACGAUAGUUGUCAGGAGUUUGACGAUAAACAAACAAUAAUGGCUUCAAGCAAGAGAGCACAUUUUGGUGCGAGCGGGAAACAAUAACCGUAAAAUUCUGGAAGAAAUGGAUAUUAAAAAAAGUUAGCGAAUGAAAUGCUAGAGGUGGCCCGUUGCUUGAGAAUUUGUAUCUGCCGUCGUUUGUUUGCAUACAUAUGUAUGAGAAAUUAACUGCAGUUGAACUUGUCGCAAAAUUAAAAACGAAACCUAUAUGGGGUUGAGGCGUAGGUGGGGUUCUCCCCGCCCUUCAAUUUUGUUCGACACCACCUCCACUCCUCCACCCCUCAGUCUUUGAUUUGAACUUUGUCAAAGGGUCCGUGGCGAUUGGCACCCCUCGCGGCAUUAGUUACAUCACUGAUUAUGUUUACAUGGACGCCAACGAUUUUAGUACACAGACAAUAGGCCGAUUAGUCAACCAUGUAAACUGCGAUUUAAUUAAGACAUGGAGUAUUCCUGUUUUAGUGGCAUUAUUGAAGUGCAGUACAGACAUGUAAACACAGCAAUCAAACUAUUACCGUUUUGUAGUACUUUCACUAGAUUUUGAGACUGAACACACACACGGCAGUUGUUAGGCAUUUGACAAAAAACAAACGAGAAUGGCCUUUAAGCUAGCGAGCACAUUUUGGUGCGAGCGGAACACGAAAACUGUCAAAUUCUGCAAAAAAUGGAUAUUGAAAAAGUUGGCGAAUUAAAUUUCAGAGGUGGCCUUUUGCUUGAGAAUUUGUACCUGUGGUCUUCUGUUUGUAUGCAUAUGUAUGAGAAAUUAACUGCAGUUCAAACUGUCGCAAUAUUAAAAACGAAACCUUAAAUCACAUAUGGUGCGAUGACGAACACCAACUGCUGCUGCGUGAAACGCCAGAGAAAACCGUCGUCAAAUAAUGAUGCUAAUCGAACGAUGUGCUAUAACAAGUAAAACAGGAAGAUGAAAGGAACAUUUAAAGAGCAACUCAUGUAAACACAAUUUAAUUACAGUCUUAUUCAGAUUAAGGUAAAUAAUUAGAUUACUGAUGUCCAUGUGAAUGUAGUCAUUGUGAGGAAUGGGGUUAGGUGUACGCAUUAAGGACAUCGACAUGACGUCAGAUUGACGUUGUACCCUUAUGUCGUGGAAUGUUGCAUUUUGUUUGGAAAUGAAAAUCGGGUCAAUGUCCAAUGUUAGACGUAGCAUUUUUGUUGCUUUCAAAUGCAACCUAAAAACAACCAAAUAUCAACCUUUAAUGAUGUUACAGCUUGUGUGGACGUUACCAAUAUGUCGUCUAUUAGAUGUUGGAUUUUGGUUGCCAUACCUGACGAAUAAAUGUCAUUAAUUUACGUCAAUAUGACGUUAGUUUAAAAUGUUGGCUCAACGUUGGAUUUUGAUCACUUGACAACGCAACCUAAAAUCAACCAAAUAUCAGCGUUAUUAUUGGACAUCAAAAUAACGCUGUCCUUAGAUGCUGGCGACCUAAAUCUAACCUAAAAUUAACGUCUUAUGAUGUUGUGUGUCUGCUGGGCUGGUCUGCAGUCAGAUGCUUCUCCAUUGGGCUCUGAACUUCAUCUGUUUCUCCACUGCCACAUUUGUUCACAGAUGCAGAAGUGCAAACAUCUCACCUGACUGUCCUGUGACUGAACACAGAGCUUUUAUUAUGUAUUUCUACACAGCACUUGUGUUAUCUUGUGUUUUUGAAAGGAUGCAGAACACUUUACACUGUAAACAAUAUCAGUUUCGUGAUUCACAAGUGCUUGUUUAAGGUUGUGAAUUGCAUUAUAGGAUGUUGAUUGGUGCUCUGUGGAGUUUUUGGUGUUGAAAAUUCAACUCUACGGUUUUAAAAAGUGACUUUAUUGACAUUUUUAGAGUUUGAAAUAGUGUGUAAGAAGUAAUGUAUAGAGAAAUAAGACUGAAAAUGCACUGGAGGUGUAUUACAAGGUGUUUGUUGCACUAUAUACAAGACCAACAUGACAAUAUAGAACUUUAAACUAUUAAAGAUGUUCAUAAUAGUCACUUUUUUUUAACUUUUCAAGAUUAAUACUUGUUGGAAGAAAGAUCAAGGUCCCUUAAUGUGAUUAAAAAGCAUAAAUAAAUGAGGAAAAUAAGACAUUAAUCACUAAAUUCUACUUUACAGAUAUGUUUACAGUGUACUGUGGGUCGUUCACAGAUCGAGACGAAGAUGAUGAUGAUGAUAUUUGCAGUCUAAAGGUUUAGUGAAUCUGAUAAAAAAAUAAUAAUAAUAAUAAUAAUUUUCUGUCAUGCAUUUAAUUCCAAAGAAAGUUUGUUUUUAUUUAUUUAAUUUUACAUUUAAAUUUUGCAUUAUUAAGUUUUCAUACUUAUUAUAAUUUUUUUUGGAAGAGUAAUUAAACAAAUACUUCCAUCUUUUUCAGAUUCUUAUUGUUUUUUUUUAUUUUAUUUAAAUUGUAUUUAAUUAAAUUUUUUUGUAAAGUGUAACAAUUAACCAAGUUAUUUAAAAAUUAAUAUUUUAUUUUUACAUUUAUUUAUUUCAUUUUUAUUUCAGCAGUGUGUGAUAAUAAGUACAUUAUAUUUUAAUUUAUUUCUUUACUCUUUAAUUUUUUUAUUUAAUUACACUUUCAUUUUUUUAUUAUUCGUUUUGUUGAUUUCACUAAAACAUCAAUAUUUUAUUGUUUCUUUAUUUUUUAACCAUUUUUUAUGAGAUUCACUUUAUUGAAAUAAUUAUUUAGGGAUCUGCUGAAACCUCAUACUCCUGGAGAUUUACAGCUGAUCUUAAAACUGUGUUAAGAAUUAUUUUCAAUAAUAAGAAGCUGAACGGAUGUCCAACAGAAAGCCACCGGAGAUGAUCAUUUAGGGGUGUUGCUGUAAUCUGCGAAUGUAAAUAUAGAUAUGCUCUGAAUAUAAGACUACAUGUUUAAAAAAGAGAGAUUCAAAGCAAUAUAUUUACAGUCUGUUGCUCUAGAAACCACAUGUCUUUUCUAUAACCUGCAUUUUUACAAUAAUGUUCAGAAGCAAAUGUCAAUAAAAGAUUUAUGUUACAUCACACGC